UCGUUUGUUCAAAAGCGGGCCGGCAAAAUCCGUUCGAACGAUAUCAAACGGAUUUCGGCAGUUUUUGAAAACGGGCCAGUCCAACGAACUUCUUCCUUCUAGUAAAUCUAUUUUCUCUUCAAAUUUUAACAUUUCUAGCUGUUUUACUAACUUUUUAAAACGAUCAAGUGUGCCACUAGUUAGCUGUUAUUUCAAGGCUGUGAUUCAAGUUAAGCGCGUUUCCCAAUUCGGAGCAUUUUCAACUGUUUAGUUAUAAAAAACCGUUAAGUGUUCAAUGUUAUAAGAUCCAGUUUGCCAGUGAUAUAGGUAUACGAAAUGGAUCAGGAAGCAUUUCUGACACCCCGUAAGAUAUUCCAGAAUGCUUUCAAUGCGGCCCGGAAGUCUACCGCUGGUUCAGGAUCUCCUUCGGUGGCCGCUUAUACGCCAACCUCCCAACUGUCAAGAUCGAGCACCGGAAGGUUCCAACUGCUUCCGGUUAUUCAAACGCCACCCUCGCGGCUGAUCAACGGCAAAGUUAUCAAUCCGUUUGAAGCCCAUCUGACCGAUCGGUUACAUCUGCCGGUGAUUUGUAGUCCUUCGCUUUUUCAACGGCCCAGUACCCCUCAAAACGGAAGCGUACAGCAGUUCGAAUGGACCAUCGAUGAAGUGUCAUAUCUUGGGCCGGCCAACGUCGAAGCUCACGAAACGCAGUUCAUGGAAACGCCGGAUCCGGUGCUGGAGGCCAAAGCUCAAGCGGCCAUUAGCGCGUACUUCAAAGAGCAUAAUAUAGUUCCUAGUCCCAUUGAUUGCCAGCUGAGGCAGCAAAAGAUCGUCCUUAAGAGUGGUGGGCUUUCUUCCAGUGGAGGUUUCGGGGGUCGUAAAUCCAAACGAAAACGAGACGGUAUCACUCAAACGGUUCUUAGCUUUCCACCAAAUCUGCCUGAAGAAGUCGAACAGUUGCUCAAACCUUACUUUAGCUUCCACGAUAAUCAACAACAAACACAUGAAGCAAUAGACGAAUCGGACGUCAGUAUCGAUCACGAUGCCCGAGACGCGUCGCUUCGACGGAAGCUGUUCAACUGUUUCGAUCGUUGUUCGUCCAGUUCCGACUGCGAGGGUCAAAAUGGGGAUGAUUCCCUGGAUCGAAUCGAUCUCCAGGCCCUCAGUCCUGCUCCAGUGAGUCCAGAAAUCGACAACAGCAAAUCGAUGCCAAACUUCAAACGAUCACGAUCGUUCGGCUCACUGGAGAUCCUCUCAAAUCCAGCUGACAUAUCGCUCAGUCCGGUGUUGAAUUCUACCGAAUGCCAAUCCCAACCACGGGAUAGCAGCCCUUUAGCUGCACCCAAAUCCGAAACGGAAUCGUUCGGUGCACUUAGUCCAAUUUCAAAAAGUUCCACCUCACCUUCACCGCUCAAACCGGUUAGACUGAGGAAUUCUACGGAUUUGGAAGGGCAACAGAACCAUCAUCAUCACCAUCAAGAUCACGAUCACGAUGCCAUCUAUCGGAGCACCCCAGAAAAACCCAAAGGACCACUGUUUGCGUUGAGCUCGGGCUGCACCAUCAACAGCAGCAGCCAUCACAUGUCCGUGGAUCUGAGCGACAGCAACCGAGCCGAACGAAGCCGAGGCGAAUCGACGGUGGAAUUCAACGAUACAGAUUUUUCCUGUGAAGAAACGGCGCUGCUGGCGUCAUCUCAGUCUUCCUCAUCGAUGUCCCAGCAUCCAACGACCCCGCUUCGGCGCACUAACCGGAGCGUGAGUCGACGAAAUCGGCCCAAAAACUUAUCCCAUUCGUUUUUGCUGUACUCGGAUGAAGAUCGCUUCGAAGACGAGAAAGGAGAACCAUUAGUUAUGAAUAGCAUUCAACGUCGCAGUUUCGAAAUUGUUGCCGAUGCAAAAAGGAAGGACCUUGUGGAUUUGCUCGGGGAUGAAAAGGAAAAUAUUGAAAUCUUCAAAAGUGAUUCGAUGGAACUGACCAAAUCGACUGGGCCGGAGCCCAGCGGCGGAAGUAAUUUCUAUCGGAUGGAUAGCGGUUUUAAUGAGGAGGAAACGCGCACAAGUCACUACGAGACUGUCGAAUACGAUGAGACUGAUGUUUCGAUGCAAUCGGAUGGGGGGUGCUUCGAGGGACGGUUUGAAACCAUCGGAAAUACACCUUCCAAACCGGCGAGGGAUGGUUUCAAAUCCGUAUCCAGCAUCCGGCACUAGUUGAGCAAUGGAAUCAGGAUUGAACGAUUUGAUAAAAUGUCGGGACUUUUAAAUAUCUCUCUGUCAAUUAUCGUCAAUCAUUAUGUGUUCAUUUUUUCUUUUAAUACGUCGUUGUUUACUAGUUUUAAGAUCCGUUCAAGUAUUAUUUUGCCUGAUAACUCUGUGCUAUAGAAACAAAUAGUUUUGAAGCUUAACGUGCAUGAUUAAUUCGUUUUAAAUCAAAUUGUCAAUCCUGGUUCUAUCAUUCCUUCUAGUUAGCUUUUUCGGUUGCCAAACAAGACUGUAUUAAUAAAAUUUUAAAUUACUAGCGCGCAAAAACGGAAAUUUAGCUUUUACCAUCGAAACGUUCGGGCAAAAUUGGCUCAUUUGUAAGUUCUUUUUAAAGACCGAUAUAAAAAUAAAUUCCUAGCAUCAAUGAAUAAAAUGCCACUUCUUUAAUCUAGUUUUGUACAAUUUAUCGUGUAAAGUAUUGUAAUAAAUAAACUCGUUUCUGUUAGAACAAAUUAA